GUCCGGCCUUUGUUCCGGGCCGCCAAGAGGUGUCUGCUGUGGCCGCGGGGGCUUGUCUUGCGUCCGUCGCUUGAGCAGGGGAGGACGCGGGCCGAUGCUCGGGAGUGGACGGGGUGAACGCGAGGCGGCGUCUGCCCCCACAGCGCCGAACCCCGGGGCGAAUCAGCGAGCCUCCUCACACGGCUGUGGACGCUCGGCGUUCUUUAGUGCUGACGAGAGCCGGCUGCCCGUCAGCCCGGUGAGAAACGCGGGAGUUCGGCACCCUCGGAGCCGUAGCUCGGGUCGGCAGAAGCACCUUGCUUUCAGUCCGAGCGCACACUGGGUCCGUGCCCCUGCUCGCCCUGGUUCCGUCCAUCAGCGGGUGUCCAUGUUCACGGCAGCUCUGGUCAUUUCCCCGCGGUCACCACCUUUUCUCUGAAACAAGGUUCCGAGAGGUCCUCCCUGACUCAGCCGCGGAGAGGACUAACCUCACACGCAGCCCACGAUGGCCGCAGCCCCAGAACCCGAAGGACAAAAGAGACUUCCAGUAGUUAAGGCAGAAGACCACCGCUGGGGACCGGACUCCGUCUCACAGAACUAUACCCCUCACAAGAGGGAGGUCUUCAGGCAGCACUUCAGGAAGCUCUGCUAUCAGGAUGCACCGGGGCCCCGGGAAGCCCUUUCCCAGCUCUGGGAGCUUUGCCGCCAGUGGCUGAGGCCAGAAUGCCACACCAAGGAGCAGAUUUUAGACCUGCUGGUGCUGGAACAGUUCUUGAGCAUUCUUCCCAGGGACCUGCAAGCAUGGGUGCAGGCGCACCAUCCGAAGACGGGGGAGGAGGCGGUGACGGUGCUGGAGGACCUGGAGCGGGAGCUGGAUGAACCUCGGAAGCAGGUCCCAGCCAAUUCAGAAAGACAGGACACACUCUUGGACAAGUUGAACCCCCUGGGAAGGCCCCAUGAGUCACUGACUGCGCAGCUCUAUCCCAAGAAGAUUCAGCAGGAGCAGGAAUCUGGGGAGCCCCAAAGGAAUGGUGAUAAAACCAGAACUAAGAAUGAGGCAUUGUCCCAGAAGGACACAGAAUUCCUUGGGAAGAUAAAUGACAGACUUAACAAAGACAUUCCUCAGCAUCCUGAAUCCAGAGAUGCUAUUGAAAGUGAGGGCAGAUUAGAGUGGCAACAGAGGGAAAGAAGACGCUAUGCAUGUGAUGACUGUGGGAAAAGUUUCAGUCACAGCUCAGACCUUAGUAAGCACAGAAGGACUCACACUGGAGAGAAGCCCUACAAAUGCAAUGAAUGUGGAAAAGCCUUCAUUCAACGCUCCCAUCUCAUUGGACACCACAGAGUGCACACUGGAGUAAAACCUUAUAAAUGUGAAGAAUGUGGGAAAGAUUUUAGUGGGCGCACAGGUCUUAUUCAGCAUCAGAGAAUCCAUACAGGUGAAAAACCCUAUGAAUGUCAUGAGUGUGGGAGGCCCUUCCGUGUAAGUUCAGCCCUGAUCAGACAUCAAAGAAUUCAUACAGCAAAUAAGCUCUACUAAGAUAGUGAAAUAACAGAAGCUCUUUAGCUGCUCAGGUCUCCUUAGUUGUCAGAGAAUCUGCCUUAGGGACUGUGAGCAUCCUGAAUGUAGGAAAAGCUUCAGUCGUCACUGAACAUUGCUCUGGCACCAGACAAUCUACCUGAGAAAAUUUCCUUUUAUUCCUAAAUUAGUUCAGUUUCUUAGGAAGCAUUAAGGGUUAUUUCAGAAAGCCUUGUCUGUUGAUAGACUGCUUGCUUGCAGCCGAAAGUAACCACAUUUCUUGGUUGAAAGAUAGUGAAUUCUACUUCUCAGCUUUCCUUUUUACUUGACUAUUCUGUGUAUGACAUUAGGCAAAGCAUUCACAUUUUUCUCUGCCUUCAUUUCCCCUUCCUUAGAGGACACGGUAGAGGCCCUCCAGGUAUGUUGUAUUAAGUUAAACCUGCUUUUGAAAUUAAUAACUAAAACCAUACUAAGUUUUUGUUUUCCAUCACUACUGAUAUAACCGCCUAACAUGGGGGUAUAAUCAUUUUGUGGAAUUUGUUUGCCAAUGCUAAAAAAAAGGAAGCCAUCAGAAAAGAAGCAGGGUAAGGAAAACAUUCAAGUGGAAAGGAAAGCCAUAAGUGAUAAGCAUUAGGCAAAGCAUUCACAUUUUUCUCUGCCUUCAUUUCCCCUUCCUUAGAGGACACGGUAGAGGCCCUCCAGGUAUGUUGUAUUAAGUUAAACCUGCUUUUGAAAUUAAUAACUAAAACCAUACUAAGUUUUUGUUUUCCAUCACUACUGAUAUAACCGCCUAACAUGGGGGUAUAAUCAUUUUGUGGAAUUUGUUUGCCAAUGCUAAAAAAAAGGAAGCCAUCAGAAAAGAAGCAGGGUAAGGAAAACAUUCAAGUGGAAAGGAAAGCCAUAAG